UUUCACAAAAUUUUUAGCUUGCGGGAUUGUUAUUCAAUAGUAAAAAUGUUGCAUCUUCAUAAAAACCGUAUUUUUACGCGUUCGAUAUUUACCAGUGCUCGCCGGCUCAACGAAGAUAAGUCGGAAAACCCACGAUUGGCUCGUAUCAAGAGUGAAAUCGAACAGGACAAAAAGAAACUGCUGUGGCGCACACCAAUGAGCGAACACCCGGACACCUUCCAAAGCAGUUUCAAACUGUUCGCCUCCACUAAUCGGAACGCGGAGCUGAUUGAAAGGAUGCAACAGCCAGUCGACCUGACCCCUUCCGGCAUCAAAAAAUGGUGGCAAGCCCGAAAAGAUGGAACCGAAGCGUACAUGCAGAAAUUCAUCCCGGAACGGCAUAGUACUCUGGGCGAGGAUUUGGCAUCGGCGCAUUUUGUAGUGCACAGAGGUGGUUCCGUGAGGUUUCGCGGUCAAAAGGAAUGGAUCCAGAUGGACAAGGAAGAAGACUACAAUCUACCAACCAAUUUCGUGCCAAAUUUGGUACUGGAAGAGAUCAAAUGCGACAACAUGAAUCUAUUCUACGAAGGGUUGGAGAAUAUCCGACGGUUACGCUACCUCAAACAUCUGUCGUUUGAAAAUGUAGCAAAAUUCGACGAUUGGUGUUUGGACAGAGUAUCCGGCAGUUCAUUUCCCGCAUUAGAGGUGCUGAAUCUUCGAAGAACGGCUGUUACAGACCGGGGCCUGCACUGCCUCUACCGGUUACCAAGUUUGAAAGUCGUAGUGGUGGACAAUCCCGAAAAGAAUAUCAUGUGGAAAAUGAUGGUUUCUUUGCUCGAGGAAUGGAAUCCACAAAUAACGGUAAGAGCAUCUUAUUAGGAAGUAUGGAAUAUAUGUCUAGUCAGGACCACGUCUGAGCAUGGUUGCAAUGCGAAGCAUAA